AUGUCGCUUCAAUCAUCUAACUUAAAAGAAGAAUUCGUCCCAUUGGACCAGAUCAGAAGACCCAUUCCUCCGGUGCUAGAUCACCAAAAAAUCGACGCCAUGGUGUCUACUCUUCAGGGUAAUCCAAUGGCUUCAGCCACCUGCGGUAUAGAAGAUAUCACUGCUGGAGAAUUGCCCCCAAUUGAUGUCUUUUUAGUACGUGAGCAAGGCAAAAACUAUUACUUUGCAUUUGGAGGCUGUCACAGGUUUCAGGCGUACGAUAAAUUGAACAAGGACGGUGAGAAAGUGCCCAUGGUGAAGGCCAGAAUCUUGCCCGCCACUAGAAAAACGCUCAAGGUCUACUUGGGUGGGUCUGUGGAUGAGAUGUUCGACUAA